CUUGAGGUAAUUGGACACUAUUAGCAUACAUUCCGUCUUUGACUAGUCAUGGACUCGACUGCUGCAAUGGUGACGGGGCCUGAUCUAUUCUCGUCAAUUGCUGAAUCGGUUGAUCAGGACGACGUAGAAGCGACGUCUGUGCCGCCUUCUCACAUUCUACAAGACGGCCGGUUUGUACAUCUCCCUCCUCCAACCAACCGGGAACGAAGCCAAUUUUUCGAGAGAUCCAUUGCCCGCCAUGGUCUUUUAGAAGCUGAUUUGAGUGCUAAAAAGAAGGCGGCCGAAGAGGAAGUACAAGUGGAAAAGGACCAAGACAAGAACGAGCCAAAAGUUCACCCACUCGCAAUGGCGUCGGCAAAAUUGCAGUCCAAUGGCAUAAGUGAGUUGAACCGAGCUAUCAAUCUGAGUACGCUUGUAAUGACCGGAGAAUAUUUCAGCCUCUCCAAUAUUGUGGACCCAUCGCUCGAAAUAUCCAGUACGGAACGAGAUGCAAAUACCGUUUCCGCAUCGGCCAACUCCACAGCUGUCUCGCCGACCGCCACGUCCAUUGGUACACCACAGACCGAGGCCUUGCGGGACGAGCAACGGGUCAAGUCGGGGUAUGUGUUGAAGCGUAAACGUGCUCAUUUUGAAGCCGCCAGUGUGGUGCUGGAAAGACAUCGUCGACGAUUGGCGGCGGCGAUCGUUGCCCAGGCGCAGCCGGAAGCCCGAUUGCGAGCAUUACGCCCAACAUGGCGGCUGGUGGCCCCAGAACACGGAACUAGGGCAUUGCCGCACGCAACCCGUUCUACGGAACUGGUUGCAUGUGAUGUAGACGUGUACUGGAAAGGUGGAGAUACAUUGGGGCGGUUAGCUUCUCGGGUACCGCGCUACGCAACGAUGGAGUUGAAGGAAGAUUUUGACGAAAAGCACGAGUUAGACCGCUGGAUGAAGGAUACUGUUUCAUCAAGGGUCGAUGCCAUGGAUGUCGACUCGGACAGCAGUGAAAGGAAGACCGAAAAAUUAAAUGUGCCAAAGCAAAACGAUCCAGUCGAUGAAAUGGACACUCCCGAUGAAGCAAACGAGUACAAAAGUAGUGAAACGCAGAAACCCUACUGGACUCGAGCAGAACCCUUUGCCAUUGCUGAUCCCACCUUAGGCAAGCUGGAUGCACACUUCGAUCCCACAAAGGUAGCAAUGCUGAGUUUGCAGUUCGACAUAGAGAAAGCUUCGACCAGCUUUUGUAAGAGCGCCUCCUUGGAACCGAUUGCCAAGUCAACUGAAGACGAGGGCACUGUACAAGAAGACGAACAAGUGUUGGCCGCCUUGCAGCAUUCUCUCUUUUGUGCCAAACUUUUCGAGUCGAUUCGACGUGAGCUGGCUCCUGAUACUGAAGAUGUUGGUCAGGUCCGUGCGAGUGCAGCAACCGCAUCCUCGGUCGUAUGGCUGAACACCCAGUCGGAAGAAUCUUUUUUGCCAGCACCCUCGCACAUGGCCAACGGUGGCGGUGUGUCGGGACUCGCGCCGCUCUGUGUGGUUUAUUGUCACGAAGGGGAAAUAAAAGUGCAACUGGACCAAGAAUAUACACUUUGUGUCAAGCUGGUCGAAGCAGGACAAGCAGCGAAAGGUAACAUGACCAGCGAUGACUCAGCCAUGCCUCUCGACUCAUUAACACUGCCAUCUAUUAGCGGAAGUCAAUCUCCGGCGCAGCUCUCGGCCUUAUGUCGGACCUUGUUGUUGCACGCCCAAGAAUCUUAUCAUAUUCAUUCUUUGAAGUUGGCCGCCGCGCACAGCGCACGUGAUAUUGAAGCCGCGAAGUUGCCAAAUGUGCAUGUCCGGCAACCACCAAAGUUAUAUCCUCGUAUUCUACAGCGGUGUGUGAGCCUUGGCGCCAAGUUGUUACUGGAACGAAGAAUUCGGCACGGGAUACUGCAAGUGAAGGCCUGGCAGCAGAAGACGUUCAUAUUGGGCGAGCCGCUGGCUGUGGAGUGGCUAUCCCUGUCCGUUUUUGAUUUGCAUUCUUACUUUUGUGUGACUUACCGUGGAGCGGUCUUGGAUGUGCACCUUUCGAGCGACGAAAUUUGUGUUACGAGUUUUGGUGAGGAUGGCGACUAUCGCAAAGUCCAUUUCUACGGCGCACCCGAACUGGAAUUAUUUUUAAAAGGAUGGCUGCGCCGUGUACAUUCUUCCGCCGGAAACUAA